AUGGCGGUCUCGACGGGAACUCUAGUCGGAUCUUUCGCUGUGAUCUGCAGCCUUAUCUUCUUUCGACAUGUUCUCGAUCUUCCGUACAAUCGGUGUCACAUGACGUAUAUGCCAUCGGUUCCACAGUAUUACCCUGUGCAUAUGCCGGCGAAUGUGUCGAAGAAGUUCCCACGCUACAAUCUCUACCUCUAUGGCGAAGGGUGAGUGGCUCGACGGAUCGGCGCGCCAUACGAUCCUGUUGAAGAUCCCCCGGCUGGAAUCCCGCUGAUAUUCGUGCACGGCAGCGCUGGGAACCGAGGUCAAGUCCGAUCUCUGGCCUCGAUUCUGAAAUUGAAAUCCGAAAUGAUGCACAACUACGAGACGAUCUACUCCGUCUACACAGUUGACUUCGCCGGGGAACUGUCGGCUUUGUACGGAGGUCUUCUCACGCGACAGGCUGACUAUCUCAAUGAAUGUCUGAAAAUGAUUUCGAAGCUUUGGGAAAGGUCGAAUCCCGACCGACCCUUACGCGUCAUCCUCAUCGGACACUCGAUGGGAGGUAUCGUGGCACGGAGUCUCUAUCUGCAACCGGACUUUGAUGUGUCCACCGUGGCUCUACAUAUCGAGUUAGCCUCUCCGACGAGGAGACCUGUGAUUUAUUUAGAUCGGGGAUUGUGGGAAUUCUACGAGCGGGUUACAGGGCUAUGGGAUCAAGUCGGACACGUCCUCCCACCGGUCCUCAGCGUCAUGGGUGGUGAGAGAGACUUGCAGGUCCGAUCGAACCUCGGGGAUUCCCCACAGAAUCUGAAGGUCCUAUCGGAGUCAGUCCCACACUGUUGGGCUUCCGCAGAUCAUGCCUGCAUCGUUUGGUGCAAACAGCUCCAACUUGUCCUCUCUCGGGCUCUGACGGAUGUUUCGGAGGUCAUUCAGACAAGGGAUCGCAUCCUGAAAAUUCUCCAUUAUCACUUCAUCAGGAAAUUCGCCGAACACACGUCGCUUCAGCACCUGCCGAGACUCGCCCGAUUCACCGAAUUCCAAAAAGGUCGAAAGUGGCUGGAAAUGUUCGAAGCUACGUGGCGUUUCGCCAAACAAAAAACCGUGUCUGCCGUGUCGCUCUACGUUCCGAUGUACAAAAAUACCCAGAUAACCUUCCUUGCCUACGGCUUGAAAAACGAUGAUUGGCUCUUCGGUUGUACGGAGAGCGAUAGCGGGGCGAAAAUCGCCAGCUGUCGAAUCGGUGUCGACAUAUCGAGGAGGAAUCAUCUCUUCCCGCCCUCGAGAGAAGUGAGCGACGCGAUGUUUGGAAGCGUAGCCUCUGCGUCGGGUCGCGUGUACCACGUAUCUUCGAACGAACUCACCGAGAAGAAUUAUCAGUCGCUCGUCGUAAACGUACCUGCUCUCCUGACGAACGUGGUCAUCCUCGGCGAGCGCUACGACCCACAGAAGAGAAGUCAUUCCUUUGACACGUAUUCCUUCUUGAGGGGAUUUUUCUCCGAAGUCAAUGUUCUCUCGAUCCAUCUCGCUGAUCGCGCUAUCUACCAGCGGCUGGAUUUCAAGAACUUCCAACACAUGUGGCAGGCCUACUCCAUCCGUAUCCACACAAAUUUGUGUCUGGACGGUACAACCGAGCAAACCCACGCACGGUUCCGCACGGACUGGUCGAACGAGGAGCGUUUCUUCCCGGUUGCCGGCGUUGGCCAAUCGUGGACGGAGUUCACAUUGAAACUGUUCAGUACGCCGGCUUUCAAGGACGAUCAUAACAGCACGCUUGAGUUCUACUUCGAUCCCGAUUGCUCAUAUGAGGUCUUCCUCCGCUAUGAUUUGAAGACCUCGCUCAGUCAAAUACUGCGCUACCACGGCGAAGGAGUUCUGGCAUACUGUUUCGCCUUUGUGCUCGUUGUCAUCACGCGUCAACUGGCCGAUCUGGGCAAGCUGGGUCUUUGUUUUGGUUUCGGGGACUCGUUUCAGAGGAGCGCGACUUUUGCCCAGCUGACGCUGAUCCCUGCUCUUCUCGAAGCGCUCUCGUUCCUGCCGUCGGUGCCGCCCCCGCUGGCGCCGUAUUUGGGUCGCGUGAGGCUACAAGCGGAGAUUUCGCACACGGAGUCCUUAAUCAUAAGAGCACUCACUUACUCGCUCGCGAUCGGGUUGAUCUCGCUCCUGGCCAAAAUCAUCGAACUCUUGCUCAGAUCUUUCGCCGAAAUAUACAUCAGGGUCAAGAAGAGAAUGCGCUCCGCGUGGGAAGACCCGAAUACAGCACCGCAAUACAAUGAGAAUCAUACUUCCCGUUACCUGACUGCGUCGCUGGUGGGCAUGCUCGCCCUCUCGUUCGGAACCGGCGGCGGUAUCGCCCUGGUUGGGGUCGUUAUUGUACAUUUCAUACAGGUGUCGGUGCUCGCCUGCCAGAACCGAUUCCUCGAGGACAGGAAAGGCCCAUCCGCGUACAGCUCUCGAUGGAAGCUGCAGAGCAGUUUGUUGUUGAUGCAGAUCCUCUGCUUGCCCAUGUACAUUCCCUCGCUCCUGGUGUGGUGGAAUAGCUUCCAGCCGCUACCCAACGAUCCCUUCCUAUACUCGGCACCGAUGACGAUAUUGUGUGCGACCGUCGUCUUGCAAUCGAACGUGCCGCAUCCGAACAGGUACUACUACCGCACCACUGGAUAUUUCAUCUUCCUGUUGGCGAUAACGAGCGUUCUGGUCUGCCAGGAGGCGAUGUUCCGUCUCGUCUACCUCCAGCUCCUGGUUUUCGGAGCCCUACUCUUCCAGCAGAAUUUCAAACCGUGA